AUGUCGCCCCUCCCUCCUAACCCCCGUCGCCAUUCCCUCCCAUCCCACCACCACCUCUCACCCCGUCGUCGCCUCUCACUCUCCACCCCCCUGUCGCCACUCCCUCCCAUCCCCGCCAACACCACUACCUCCCACCCCGCCGUCGCCACUCCCUCUAACCCCGCCGCCACUCCCUCUUAUCCCACCGCCGCCUCUUCUCCAAUCCCACCGCUGCCACUCCCUCCCAUCCCGCCGUUGCCACUCCCUCCUAUCCCGCCGUCGCCUCUCCCUCCUCUCCGUCGUCGCCUCUCCCUCCUCCCCGCCGUCGCCUCUCCCUCCUCUCCACCGUCGCCUCUCCCUCCUCUCCGCCGUCGCCUCUCCCUCCUGCCUGCCGUCGUCUCUCUCUCCUCCCCGCGGUCGCAUCUGGCGACAGGUGCACGAGCACAAGCGCGGGUGCGCGCAUCGGGAAUUCGGGGGGUCCCGCGGUCGCUUGGGAAACCACUUGCUGGCGAGUGGUUUUCGGGUCCAGGCAUAUGCCUGGUUUCGGCGAUUGGUUUUCUAUCCUAG